AUGUCCAUCAGGCCGCUCCCAGAGGAUGUCGUUGGGAAAAUCAGGUCCUCGUCAACCAUCACAUCCCUAAAUGGUGUCGUCUGUGGCCUGCUCAAGAACUCGCUUGAUGCUGGCGCCACCAAGGUCAAUAUCCAUGUCGAAUAUGGUCGAGGAAACUGUAUUGUAGAGGAUGAUGGGCUAGGCAUUGUUCCCGGUGAUUUUGCAGAGGAUGGAGGGCUCGGGAAACCCUACUACACAUCCAAAUUCCCACCCCAGCAUGGGCUCUACGGCAGACAGGGAACGUUUUUAGCUUCCUUGAGUAAUUUAUCGUUACUUAUGGUUACGUCUCAUCAUUAUCGCCACAAUUCGCAUAAUACCAUCUCGAUUCACCAUGGCAAGCUCCUAAGGAGGCAGACGCCGUCUCUGCCUGGAGAACGAUUCCAACUCUUCGAUCACGGCACGCGAGUUGCUGUCAACGACCUGUUUGGUUCGCUUCCCGUGCGGGUUAAACAUCGUGCUACACUCUUCUCAGACCGGCCUGGGCUUGACAAGGAAUGGGGGCGUCUUGUUCAUGAUGUUGUCGGCCUGCUCGUAUCUUGGCCAUCUGGGGUCACUGUGUCCUUGCGUGAAACCAAGGGACAGCGCGAGCUGCGUCUGAAACCACCAGAUAAUGCAGACAUGGUUUCUAGAGCAUUGCGGUUCUUUACUCAAGCAUCGCUGGCAGAUUCUGGGGACGUGGAUUCGUGGGUACCGGUAUCAGCGACUGCCGGCCACAUUACGAUCAAGGGCUGCAUUUCUUUGAAUCCCGUUGCGACGCGCCGAUCUCAGUUUAUGAGUGUGGGGAUAUUGCCAGUCUCAAACGAGUACGGAAGCAAUGUUCUAUACGAGGAAGUGAACAAAAUGUUUGCGUCUUCAGAUUUCGGUGUCAUUGGGCAUAAGGGUGGUAUGUCCAACGACGGGACCGGCCUAAAUCAAAAGAAAAGCAAGGGGGCAGACCGAUGGCCCAUGUUCUAUCUUCGAAUCACACUCAAGGGAGCUGAAGAUGUUUUUGACGUUGAUGACAUUUCUAGCCAUUCUCAUGGAGAUCUUGAAAGAAUUAUGGGUGUGUUGAGGGCGGUCAUUUAUAGCUUUUUGAAGAAGCAUCAUAUGCGCCCGCAAACGAUUCAAUCGUCUUCAGACAAGUCGGUAUUUUCAACCGCUCCUCACCGUAGCACAAUCCGCGCUCCCAAAGGCCGUCAAUCCACAGCAACGAAUUCAAAAACUUCAUCAUCGCAAGUCUUAUCGUCUGACCCGGUGUCGUCUCUUUCAGAUAGCCCUUUCGACGGUUGGAACAGGAUGAAAGUUGGCCCACGAACAGAGCGUAGGCCAGCAAAGGGGGUGUUGCGGAAGCAUGAAACGAGGCCAAGUACCUCGGAAACCAUUGUGACGAAUCGACUGAUUGGUGAGGGAGGCAGACUGCUCCGCAAACCCUUUGACGUUUCAGCCCCUCUCAGCCCAGGGAAGGGUGGAAAGCGGGUCGACGCUGAAUCUCAAGAUGAAUCCGAAACAAACCCCUUGACGCUUGCUGAACGACCUAAGAGGAAAAACGAACCACGCGAAUGGCUGCAAGACAUCCUCAAGUCAUGGAGAAAUCCUGUCUUUGAGUCAACUCAAGCUGGCGUGCCGCGCAUCAAUGACGAAGCACCAGCGCCGGUUCGUGACACUACAUCAAUUCACGGCUCGCAUCGGUGCUGCGGUGAUGACAAAGGGGAAGUCAGAUUUGAGGCCGCAUCAAUCGGCCUGGAGGGUCGCGUGUCGCGAUCGGCAUUGGCGGAAGCACAAGUCGUUGCACAAGUCGAUAGGAAGUUCAUCUUGCUGAAACUUCCCCUGCGCAACAUGACGGACGGGCGAGAGCCGAGCAGCUCAUGUGCCCUGGUGAUGCUCGACCAGCAUGCUGCAGACGAGAGAUGCCGUUUGGAGGAGCUUAUGGCGGGCUAUUUCAAGCAAGAUGGAUCUCAUAAAUUUCCAAGGGCGGUCGUCGAGCCUCUUGAGCGACCCUUGAUAUUUGAAAUCUCUGAUCGCGAAUACGACUUGCUGCAACGGUAUCAGGAGCAUCUCGAAGCAUGGGGCAUUCUUUAUAAGAUCCAACGACGAGCUGCCUCGAUGAAACAAGAGCAGGAUGGCUAUACGGUGGCCGUUUCUGCUCUGCCUCCGAGUAUUCUAGAACGCUGUCGUACCGAACCUCGCCUUUUGGUGGAACUGAUGCGUAAAGAGAUAUGGAAACUCGACGACGAGGGCAUCAUGCCUCCACGGCCGCGCAGUGCCGGAAGGACCGCUGAACAAGCUCAACCUUCCACGGCAGAUUUCCACGGCUGCCCUAGAGGGAUCCUCGAGUUGCUGCAUUCGAGGGCCUGUGCCAUCAUGUUUAACGAUGCGCUUUCGGCUGAGGAGUGCGAAUUGCUUGUGCGACAGCUUGCGAGGUGUGCGUUCCCGUUUCAGUGUGCGCAUGGACGGCCGAGUUUGGUGCCGUUGGUGGAUUUGGGAUCGGGAUUUGGGAUCCGAGGAUGGGAUGAGGAUGAGCGUGUUGGGGGGGAUGCGCGGGUGUGGAAGAGAUGGAUGGAGAGUGUGGUGUCGUGA